AUGACAACGCAACUCACUUCUCUCACCAAUUUCUUCCGCGACCUCACACCGCGGAACAGAUAUAUCGUUAUCGCAGUAGCAAGCGCCCUCAUUGGUUUUCCAAUCCUGCGCAUUGCCGCUGAAGAUUACCGUGGAUAUAUCGCUCUCGGACCCGGCGGACCGCCUCACAAUGUCAUCGGAUGGCUGGGACAGAUUCUCCUAAAGCCACUCAAGAAGGAGCCUCUUCAUACGAGUUGCUAUAAUGAGAAGGCCAUAAAAGCUUCUGGUCCGAAUGGAGGUGUUGCGUUUCUGAAAGAGAAGGAUGUUCCUGUUCGUGAGGCGCCAAGACCGAAGAUUGGGAGUUGGACUGCGCCAAGUCGACAGUUGACUGAUUUGGCGAGUAAAGAUAUCAUUGAGGCCUAUCAAUCAUUCCUCUCUUCCCUAGCAUCAGAGUCACCGACCAAGCUCAAAAUCGCAACUUCUACCCUCGAGCGCCACGGCCCAGCUCUUUUUGUAGCAUCAGAUAAUCCUUCCCAUCCUAUUGCGAAGAGCAUGUACAGAGAAAUUGGGCACAUGCAUGGCAGUGAUGGGUCAUUGCAUCUUAACUUGGCGCCCAAAGAUGCCAAGUUGGUGCUGGAGAGAGGCUGGGGCCAGCGUCAUCCUUUGGCUGGAACGGUUUUUACUGUAUAUGCCCUAACAAGAAGCCAAUUCGCCACCACAGAAAAGCAGCUUGGCGCAGUGGAAGCGCGCCGGGCUCAUAACCCGGAGGUCACUGGAUCGAAACCAGUAGCUGCUAUUGGUACAUCUUUUUUUGCUGUUCCUUAUGAUGUUUUUGUCAUUGGUGUUUGGAGCUAG